AUGUCUGACGACAAAAUUGCUGCCAAGGACAGGCAAGUUGUUAAGGCAUACCUUGAUGACCAAGGCGAGAUUAGAAACCCCCUACGCGACAUUCCCAAGGAAGAACUACUCAACAACGUCACCGCCUUCCACCAGAACAAGCAUCUUCCCGAGGACAUACUUCCCUUAUUGAAGAAGGGGGCACUCGUCGCGCAAAACCCCACCGAGUUUGAAACCAUCGAAGAACUUGAGGAGAGUGACAAGCAGCCUCUGAGAGAGGAGGUCACCAAGAGAUGGAAGCAUCCUUGGGCCUUGUACUACACGAUCAUUCUCAACUCGAUUGCAGCAGCCAUUCAGGGAUGGGACCAGACCGGCUCCAAUGGGGCCAACUUGACAUUCCACGCCGCGCUCGGCAUUCCCGACUCUGCUGGAUCUGCUUGCGGGCCAGUGGCUAAUGAAGGUGAUUGUGCAAAGAACAGCUGGAUCAUCGGAUUUGUGAAUGCAAUGCCAUAUAUUACUAUAUUCCUCUUUGCCGGAUGGAUAUCUGACCCUCUUAACGAGUGGCUCGGCCGUCGGGGAGUCAUUUUUGUCGCUGCGAUCUUUUCUCUGCUAGCGCCAUUUGGAAUGGGUGUCUCACAAACAUGGGGGCAACUUGCAGCAUGUCGUAUGCUCUUAGGUAUCGGUAUGGGAUUGAAAGAGGUUACUGUCCCGGUUUUCUCAGCAGAGAACGCGCCCACGAUCAUUCGAGGAGGUCUAGUCAUGUCAUGGCAGGUCUGGACGGCUUUUGGUAUCUUUCUUGGAACUUGCGCCAACCUCGCGGUUGGAAAGACUGGCGAGAUUUCCUGGCGCUUGCAGUUCGCAUCCGCCUUCAUUCCAGCUGUGCCUCUUGUCCUUGGAACCUGGUUCGCACCCGAGAGCCCUCGAUGGUACCUCAAAAAGGGGCGCCACACUGAUGCCUGGAAGUCUCUGCUUCGCCUUCGGAACACACCACUUCAAGCUGCCAGGGACUUAUAUUACAUCAACGCACUUUUAGAGCAAGAAGAAGUGCUUGUGAGCGAAGCCGGACUGAAAGUGACCAGCACCGUGUUUACACGCUUUGUUGAGCUUUUCACCAUUCCGCGGAUUCGCCGUGCAACAUGGGCUUCAGGUAUCGUUAUGAUUGCCCAACAGAUGUGCGGUAUCAACAUUAUUUCCUUCUAUAGCGCAACAAUUUUCAAGGAGAGCGGCAUUGACGAUUAUACCUCCCUCUUUGCAAGCUUCGGUUUUGGUUUGGUCAAUUUUGUCUUUGCUUGGCCAGCCGUCUGGACGAUUGAUACUUUUGGACGCCGGACGUUGCUUCUAUUCACCUUCCCGAACAUGUUUUGGAGUCUUCUUGCUGCCGGACUUUGCUACUUGAUUCAGCCCGACGUCGAAAAUAGCACCGCUCGUAUUGCUGCCGUCGCAACCUUCGUCUACAUCUUCGCCGCGUUUUACUCUCCGGGAGAAGGUCCCGUCCCCUUCAUGUACUCUGCAGAAGUGUUUCCUCUCUCACACAGAGAGGUAGGCAUGGCCUGGGCCGUGGCAACCAAUAACUUUUGGGCAUCAGUCCUCUCCCUGACAUUCCCUCGCAUGUUGAUUGCCAUGACAGCAACAGGGGCAUUCUGCUUCUAUGCGGGACUCAACUUGGUCGCCUUGGCUCUCAUCUUUUUGUUUGUCCCUGAAACGAAACAGAAGACCCUGGAGGAGCUUGACUAUGUCUUUGCGGUCCCUGACCGAACACAUGCGCGGUAUCAACUGAGAACUGUGCUUCCAUGGUGGAUUAGAAGAUGGAUUUUCUUCAAGAAGGGUGAAGUCUGUCCAGAUCUGUACAGGGACGCAGCGGCGCACUCGCCGUGGGAUGCUGCUGCUGGUGUUGGUGAGAAAUCCGGAUGA